AUGAAAUCUUUAGAUCAAUUAGAUAUUGGUGAGCCGCGUUUGCUAGAGGUUGAUAAUCGUUGUGUUUUACCAGAAGGAGUAAAUAUUCGUUUUUGUAUUACUUCAGCGGAUGUUAUUCAUUCGUGGGCUUUACCUAAGAUAUCUGUUAAAUUGGAUGCUAUGAGGGGGAUUUUAAGGAUUUUGAAUUAUAGAUUUUCUAAUUUGGGCCAAAAAAUUUUCUAA